AUGGAAUCUGCCCUGACACCACUGGAAAAAUGGUCCGUGGGCGGUGUUUUGCGCAAAACGUACGCAGUCGCGACAUUGCUGCCGUCCGUCAUACCGUUCAUGCUCUUCGGCCGUCCGGACAAAGUCUACCCACAAAUCCUGGCCUAUGCCCGAGCCAUGAAAGCCGAUUUACCGCCAGGAGGCAAGCUGGGCGUCGCGGGGUUCUGCUGGGGUGCCUGGCCGAGUACGAAGUUGUGUACGGAGACCGCCACCGAGGGCGGUAGCGCUCGAUUGAUCGAUGCCCAGUUCUGCGGUCAUCCAAGCUAUAUCCACGAAAAGCCCGAGAUGGUUGUCGAUGCCAUCAAGAAGUUCAAGGUCCCGUAUGCGGUCGCCGUUGCGGAAAACGAUCAGAUGUUCAAUGCCGAGGUUGCGGCGAAAACGGAAGCCAGAGUCAAGGAGGAGAUUGCUCGAGAGGGUGCCAAUGCCGAGUCUGAUUAUAUCUAUGAAUUUCGAAUCUACAAGGGCUGUCAGCAUGGGUUCUGUGUCCGUGCGAUGAAACAGGACGAGGCGAACCUGCAGGGAGGAAGGGAUGCUGCAAAGCAGGCUGUCGAGUGGUUUAAUAGGUAUUUACAGUGA